CAGGACAACACACACACAGGACAACACAAAAAGGAUCACAUAUGCACGCGAACACGCACACUCAGAACUACACGGUGCCAGAUAAUCACAAAUACGCAGAAAGAGAGGGAGGAUGGGAGAGAAGAGUUAAGAGAGAGGGAGAGGAAGGGAGAGAGAGAGGAGUAGAGCGAGGGAGAGGAAGGGAAAGAGAGAGAAGAGAAGAGGAGGGAGAGGAAGGGAGAGAGAGAGAGAAGAGUAGAGCACCUCAGUCUGCUGCAGGGAGAGACCAUGGGGGCUCUGACAGGGCUUCUCUCUACACUAGUCGCUCUGCUAUUGACCCUCCCUCCAGGGUCAUUGGGUGAGGAAUGCAGUAGUUUCAGACACGUGGAGAACGGUAGAACAUUCUUCCGUUACAGCGGGCUGUAUGUGGCGUUCACCUGUAACCCUGGCUAUAAGAUCCAUGGAUAUAGAACCAACAGCUGUGUGUCUGGACAAUGGACCAGGGAACCUCCCGUGUGUGUUGCCUCUGGGUGUCCCAGCCCAGGGGAUCUCCUGCAGGGGGUUACCAGUGUGACAGAGGACGGGGCCUGGGCUCUCUUCAGCUGUGAUGCUGGCUACAGGCUCUAUGGACACUCACUGCUCUACUGCAAGGGCCAGAACUGGAAUGGCACCAAGCCUGUCUGCAAGGAGUCUGAUAUGAUGAGGUCAUGGAAGCAGAAGGAUCCCACCGUCCCGAUGCCCAGGAUCCAGAGCCAGAACCUUGCCGUGCUGUCUGCUCUGAAGAACCACCUACAGCUUCACUACAAUACCAUCGCUAACACCGCCUCCAAGCCCGUGUUGCUGGCCAACGCACCACCUAAAGACCCCCACACCCACCUAAAAGACCCACACUCCAUAGACCGCAGCCCCAAAGCUCACCAUGUGGAGGAGAAUUUGAAAGACACCAGGGAUCUAACAGACAGAGAAGGGGCCCCUGAGAAUCCCACUAGACCUCAGGCCUCCACAUCCUCCUCUGCUACUACAGAGACCAUUACUUCCACAUCCAGCCUGCCGGUCGCUGAAGGGUAUUGGCACCAGGGGACCUCUAUAGCCCAGGCUAUGCAGGAGGAUUCAUUACCCAGGAAGGAGGUGCUGACAGGGGCCACCCAGUUGGAGCCUGGCCAGGGAGUUACGGAGCCAGCAGAUGUGAGCAGCACAGACACACAGGAGCCCCAUCCUCAGAGACCCACUGAGACCAGCUCCACAAGCUUCAUCAACUCUGAUGAUGAUGAUGGUGGUGAAACUCAUCGACGCAACGUGACCUCUCCGGAUCGGGCAUCAAACGGGUCCUCACAGGACAAUGAAACCGACACAAGUGACAGUCAUCACAGUGAGGCGAACGAGACGUCGUCGUCGCCAUUGUCCGGCGAUGAUGGUGAGACGUCUGGACACAAUGGGACCUCAUCGUAUCUCUCUUUAAACAGGUCAGACCAGCAUCUUAUUAAGGGUGCUACAAACACAGAGGAGCUGCCCAGGCCUGUGACCCUAAACAGGCGUCCGCUGUGCCCUUACCCUCCCCUGCCAGCUCAUGGCACCUUCUACUUCCGUCCGGUAGACAACCCCGGUCCCCGGGACUACAAACACUACAUCCAGUACGCCUGCUAUGCAGGGUACACCCUGGCCCACGGGGAUAUCCACAGCUACUGUCUGCAGGCUGGACGGUGGAGUGGUCUCACCCCGGUCUGCUUGGAGGUGACCCCCUGCGCCCUGAACAACGGAGGCUGUUCCCAGCUGUGUAGUGUGAACCAGGAACAAGCUCAGUGUCACUGCAGACCAGGCUUCAUCCUGUUAGAGGAUCACCGUACCUGUAGAGAUGUGGAUGAGUGUGUGGAGGGCCAGCAGCAACAGCGCUGCCAGCAGACCUGCGUCAACACCUUCGGCUCGUUCCGCUGCUCUUGCCCCUACGGACACACCCUGGCUGGGGACGGAAGGGCCUGUGUGGCUGAGUGUCCCACAGGGUACAGAAAACAACCGUCAACCCCGAUACCUGGAGGAAACCUGUCCAGAAAGGAGUGUGUAGACAUCAAUGAAUGUGAGGAGCCAGAGGUCAGUGUACCUGGACACAGGUGUCAGUGGAAGUGUGUGAACCUGCCUGGCUCCCACCGCUGUAUCUGUCCCAGAGGCUACAAACUGUCCUCAGACAGACACCACUGCAGAGAUAUCAACGAGUGCGGCCGUAAGAAUGGUGGCUGCUCUCACCUGUGCCUGAACCAUAAAGGAAGUCACCAGUGUUCCUGUCCUGCCUCUCACCGCCUCUCCCCCUACAGUAGGAGGAAGUGUCAGCCAAGGAAACAACUGCAGAGUAAUGUGUAGCAGAGAUCGUGUGGAGACCCUUUAAAUAUAAAUGUCAUUUAUUAUAUUGUUUCCACCAUCCCUCUGUUCGGCCCUUGAACAAUGACUUCUACAAUUGAAUCUACAUUUUGUCAGGCCUUAGAUGUAUUUUUUUUGUCAAAUCAUUACUGAGAACAGUAUAAAAACUAUUAAAAUAUUAUUGUCACAUCCAGAACAUAUCUGUAACAUUGAAUAGAGGCUUGGACUGCAUAUUACAGACAUUAUAGCUGAAGAGAAACCAGAAGAACACAUUUAUUAGUUUAGGGAUUUAAUUGAUGGCAUUUAAAUAUAUUUCCCUCAAAUGAUGACAUGUUGUUUUACAAGGUAGUGUGAAUGAAUGAGUAAAAACAUAAUGAAAACAUGGUGGCAGACACUGUGAUAAUUGAUUAGUAGAAUUGAUCCCCUUCAAAAUGUCCUCAACUUGGUCCAUGUGUCAAAAUGUCCUCAACUGCAGACUUAUAACAUGGUCAUGUCCAUAGGAAUAUCAAAUGUAAUUUUUUGAUUAAAAGUGACAGUAUUAAUUGUACUUUAGUCUGUUAUAUAAACAGUCAUAGUACUUUGUUAAAAAUACAUUAUUUAUAUGUAUCCACUAUAUUUAUAGUCUCUUUUUAAAUAUAUAAAAUAAAGUUAGACACAAAAACAGAACUGUUUCAGCCUCAGUCGUCCUUAAACUGCAGAACAGAUUCUCCCUUCCCUUAUGGUCUCAACUGUAAGCCUGCUGGGAUGCUAAUGUCUAACACACAGUGUUGUACUGAAUGACUACGGCUAUAAAAGGCUGAAAUAUGGCA